CAAUGCUGCUUGCUCAGGACUCAACAACAGUUGCGCUCUUCAAUACUCUGUUGGUGGCUCUUCUGCUAAUAUCCGUCACAACAUUAUCGCUUACGGCACAAUGCUGCAAGAAGAAGAAGGAUAAAAAGAAGAAGGGAGGAGGAACUCAUAAAACUGAUCCACCGCCAGAAGGAACACCACCCGCAGAAGACAAGAAGAAUGCACCUGGAGAAGGGGAUAAAGAAGGGGAUAAAAAGAAAAAAGGAGGCUCUUCUGCUAAAAAGGAAAAAGGCAAAGGAGCAGCUGAAAAAGGCAAGGAAGACGGGAAAGCAGCGAAGGCACUUGUAACUGCAAUGGGGCCAAUGACGCCGCCAACAACUCCGGCCGGCGAUCCAUUGAAGACCAUGUUCGAUGCGCAACAAAUGCAGCAACUUCAUAAUAUAGCUCCGGGACUGAUCCCUGUGUUUGUUCCAUCAGCGACGCCAGGAGGAAGUCCAACAAUCUUCAUGAUGCCUUCAAAGGACAUGCAAUCAGUAGCAGCGCUGACGGCACAACCGGCAAUGACUGCCCCUGUUGUUGCAAAACCAUCUCCAGCAAAAGCUCCACAAAAGGAGCCAUCGUUGUAUGAAGCCAUUGAGAUCUCUAAGAGGAGCAUUGGUAAGAAAAAUGAUGGCAAAGGCAAUAACAAAAGUAAAAAGUCGAAGGGAGAAGCGACAAAGCAGGGGAUGGCAGAUCAAGGGUCCUAUCAAACAUUGGCGGAUAUAGACGCGAAUAAGCUGUUCCAGAAGAAGUGA